GCAGAGAUGGAGUUCCUGCAGAAUCAUCACACGGUGAACACCGCCGAGUCGCCGUACACCCUCGGCACAGGUUCGGUAGGAAGUAUCGAGGCGACGAUACCUUCCGGCCUCUGUACAGGAUCCCUCGGGGUGUUGUCCGGCGAGGACGGUCUAACGGACAAUCAGAACGAGGAGGCCCUGGGCGCUCUGCAGGGAACCCUCCGGCUCCAGGACCUGCAGAACUCGCCGGAUGACAUAGGCGGCGCCGAUCAGAGCCAACAGAUCCAGAGUUCCGGUCAGAACCAGGUCGUCAGCGAGUUCGGUGCGAGCUUCUGGGUCGACGACAUGGCCGGCUUCCCGUUGCCGCCCCUCGACUUGGACCCGCUGCCGCCUGGUCUCUUCAGUCCCUGUUCGGGGACUUACAAUUGGGGGUGUACCAGAGGAGAAUGCGCGCCGAGGACGGGCAACGGGACCGGCGAGGGCGUCGCGGACGUGCUGCUGUCGCUGAAACACGCGGUGGUCCAUCCGGGGAGUCCCACGGGCGGAUACUACUCGACCGGCGGAUCCGGUCAUCAUUACACGCAGGAUUACACGCAAAACCUCGGUCCGCCGAUGCCGCCCACACACUACGCGUCCACUCCGGCCAUGUCGGUGAACGUCUCCAUGAACAUGACGAUGAACAUGAACAUGCACUCCGGGUACGAGCAGAGCUAUUCGUCGGCGUGGGGCGUGGAGCCCCUGCUAAGUCCCGCCCAGCAGUAUAAUCCCGUCGAGCAACAGACGAGGGUGAAUCAACCCCCGGCCAAUAGCCUGAUCGGCACCGGCACCCAUCCUCAUUCUCAUCCCCCGGCGCACGGCCAUUCCAGGUUGCAAUUGUCCGGCGAGCAUGCGCUAUGCAUAGGCGCCUCCGGGAACCCGGUCGCGAACGACGACAAUGGCAGACCGAAUUUGUGCAGGAUCUGCGGGAAAUCGUAUGCCCGGCCCAGCACCCUGAAGACACAUCUCCGGACGCAUUCUGGGGAGAAACCGUUUAGAUGUCAUGCGUGUUCAAAGGCAUUUAGUCAAGCGGCGAAUCUUACGGCCCAUGCGAGAACUCAUUCUGGGGAAAAACCGUUCCGUUGUCCAGUAUGUGAUCGAAGAUUUUCACAGAGCAGUUCCGUAACUACGCAUAUGAGAACGCAUUCGGGAGAACGUCCAUACAGAUGUCGAUUCUGCAAGAAAGCCUUCUCGGACAGUUCAACGUUAACGAAACACCUGCGCAUUCAUUCUGGCGAAAAACCAUACCAGUGCAAGCUAUGCCUGCUGAGGUUCAGUCAGAGCGGCAAUCUGAACAGGCAUAUGAGAGUUCAUGGUGGUUCUCUGACGUGA